AUGGUGAAACAUGUACUUAAUUAUGUCCCAGUUUAUCAAAUGGGUACAUUCAAGUUACCCAACAAACUUACUUCAAUUGAAAGAAGAUUUUUCUGGGGUUACAAUACUGCCAGAGGCAUGAAUCCAAUUGGCUGGAAAAAAGUGUGCAAGCCUAAAGAUCAAGGGGGUCUUGCCUUUAGAGACCUUGAAAAACUUAAUCUUGCACUCUUAACCAAGCUAGCAUGGAGGAUUUGUACAGAGAAUGAGAACUUAAUGGUUCAAGUGCUUAGGGGAAAGUACUUCAAUGGAGGAGAUAUUCUGCAUAAAAAAUUUGAAGCUAUAAUUUUUUCUUAUACAUGGAAUGGUAUCACUCAAGGUAUAAGUAUACUUCAGCAAAAUGUUUUCAUGGAAGUCAACAAUGGUUCUAAGACAAGAAUAUGGGCAGACAAAUGGAUACCAGGUAUGACUGAACCACCUACUCCAAUCAAUGAACUUUUCAGGUUUUAUGAAUUUGUAUCUGAACUGUUCAUGCCUGACUCAAAUCUCUGGAACGUCAACUUUACUAAAUCAAUUAUUUGA